CAGACAGAUGCACAACAGAUUGCAGAGGAUAAGUUUGUGUUUAACUUGCCUGACUAUGAAAGCAUAAACCAUGUUGUGGUCUUCAUGUUGGGAACAGUCCCAUUCCCAGUGGGGAUGGGAGGUUCUGUCUACAUAUCUUAUCCAGAUUCAAGUGGGCUUCCAGUCUGGCAGCUCUUAGGAUUCAUCACCAAUGAGAAGCCAAGUGCAAUCUUCAAAAUCUCAGGAUUAACCAGUGGAGUGGGCAGCCAGCACCCAUUUGGAGCCAUGACCAUUCCUCAGAUGCCAUCUGUUGCUCAGAUUGGGAUAUCUGUUGAACCACAAGAACAAUUGGCACAACAGACUCCUGUAGCUAGCGCUGCACCAUCAACUCUUGAUGCCUUUACUCAGUUCACACAAAAGAUGUUGGAGAGCUUCUAUAACUAUGCCACAUCUUUUACAGUGUCUCAAAUGCAGAUGACUCCAAACCCAUCAGAGCUUUUCAUACCUGCUAGUGUUGUUUUGAAAUGGUAUGAAAUUUUUCAAAGAAGAUUGAGCCAAAAUCCAAAUUUUUGGAAAACAUAAUUCAGGUUUUCAUUCCGUUUAUCCUUGCUUCUUGAAGCCAGUUUUCAGCUACCUGACAAAAUGGAUAGACUGCAGAACAUUCAGUGAAUUCUUCAGAAUCAUUGUUUCAAGAUUACUCUUAACUCUUGUUUACAAAAAAAAAACAAUUUUUACAGCAAAAAUGAAUUGCCUUUAUUUUUUUUUUUUUAUUUGUGUUCAGUAGUGACUUUUCCAUUAAUAAGAUAACGAAACAAAAACAUUAGUUAUCAUUUACAUAGUUUAUCAGUGGUGUAAAUAAAUGCAGUACAGUUGUUUUGUGUACCUUA